UUUUCCCGUUUUCGUUCGCCUGAGAAAUAUGAAACCCUCUUGUUAAACCAUUUCUUUUGUCAACAAAAUCCAGGUAGCCAAGGGAAUUCACAUUCCUGCUCUUCGCGUGGGUGGGAAAUUCAAUGGAAAAGCGAGUUUUCAAUGCCCCAGCAGGUAGGCUUGCCAGCACGUUCCCAAGAAUUCAGAGAAAUCCCAGAUGGUGGUUGAGAUUUUUUCCCGAGAUCAAAGUCUUUUUCGAAAGGUUUUUCAGCUGCCGUGGUUAGUUGUCCUUAAACAUUUGAAGUGAACGGAAUGAUUGGUGUGUUUAUGCGUUUUCUCUGGUCCUUGGCCAUGAUGCAGUGUAUCCAGGCUAGAGUUGCGAUGCGACCUCUUUUCUACGGGCAGGACAGUGCUAUCAUAGUGGACAUCAAUAGAAAGUUUCCACCCAGGUUGGACUCCAAGCUACAAAACGCCCUGUACUACAACAUGCCGGUUUACAAGCUGAUUAAACCCAAUUUACCCACGACCACGACAACCACAACCACAGCUGCUCCAAGUUCGGACUAUCCCGCUGAUCUUGUGGACAUAGCACACAAAAAGUUGGGCCUGAAAAGCCUGCCGAGCAUUGAGGAGCUGGGCGAAAUGAUUGGCACUGAUAAUGUCAGGGAAACCAUCGACUAUGUACGCACCCUGGCCGGUUCUGACGAGGGUCUAGCGCUGAUGAAACAAUAUCUGGACACUUUGAACUUCGAGCAGGUUGAGGAGAAUGUGGCGGAGGCGACGGAGAAGACUGAGGACGACGAUGACGAUGAAAACACCAUGGACAAUGCCAGUUAUUACGAUAUGCCCCAGGAAAAGCCUACAACCAUAGCGCCCACCCCUGAACUAAGCCUUAUGCAGCGCCUCGGUGACUUUAUGGACCAGUAUAUUCCCUGGUCAGGUCAGGUCACCACUUCUGCGACUCCUCAGGUCACGGCUCAGCCAUCUGGGUCGUUCCAGCCCGUUUUUGUGGCUCCUCCCGCGAGCAUGAAACCAUUGCGUCCUAUCCUGGUCAGGCAACCGCUUCCGUAUCACUACCCCAUUCCCCUGCGGCCUGUUGCGUUGCCCACACCAGCACCCAAGCCGCACCUCAACACUCCCCGGCUGCCGGAGGAUGCAGAGUUCAAGUACUCUGCCUUGCCUCCGCACAUCCAGCAGCUCGCCAAGGUGGCCAAUAUUCCGCCCCAGGUCGUGGAACGCUUCCUGGAGCAGCAGCCUAAGCUGGCGGAACUGGCCAAGCGGCUGAGUAACCUGGCACUCAGUCCUGAACAAACCCAGGCCAUGAACUCCCAGGUGCUGAAGGCCGUCCAGAACGCCCUGACCAAGAACGACGAUCUUCAGCGGCUCAUUGAGGCGUCCAAGGCACUUAAGUAGCCCAAAUAUGUAACUAGUCCUAACACCAUUUCAAAGAAAAUAAAUUUCCACCAAACAAACUAAAUACAAUUUCUUAUUUUGGACAUUUUUUUUAAGAAUGAUUAAUUUAAAAAGUAAGGGUAAAUUAUACUUAAACAUAAUCAACUUUAGGAUCAAGAGAAUGGCACAUUUUGUAUGAAAUAUUUUGGUGGUGGCGCAGAAAAGAAUAAAUAUGAAUUAUUUUAAACUUCAA